GGGGCUGAAUGUUUUUGUCAAAAUGGCGGUCGGAGGGAUUUUUGUACUGGAAAUUCCGUGGUAAACAAAAUGGUUCUGUUUAGCGUUUGUUCUCUAUACAAGGGAUUCGGUACUUCUCCGAAUCACGAGAAAACUUGAUAAGUAUGAGUUUAAACCUUAGUAUCCUCGUUAGUACGUCUAUAAAGCGCAAGAAGCCCUGGUCGAAACUCGCAUGGCUUGGUGCGGGAAAGACGAAGGAACAACAUGAUUUAUUUCUGCUUGAUAAUAGUCGUAUUAGCCAGCUGUUCCUUCCCUCUGGUAAAACCAGGAAGAAGAUACCUGCACUUCAGCCGUUCCUGGUGGAUGUACAAGCUCUGAACUGUUCAGCAAAUGGACAAUUUCUUGUUGGAGCACUAAAAUCUGGAAAAGUCUUUGUAUGGAAUAAGGGAUCAGAUACAGUUAAUACAACUCCCAUCUUGGACAAGAUAAGAAGUGUUCUAGGAACAGAUAAGAAGCCUGCAUAUGUUUUCGUGUCUAACUGUGGCACCAAGAUUCUGCUGCUGUCUGGCUAUGACCAGUUAUUCCUGUGGGAGUCCAAGCCAAGUGGCAAGGAAAGGGCACAUGGGGAGCCAUUCACAGGAGUAUGGAUGCAAAUUCAAAGUGGUGAAUACCAUUUACCGACUGCUGGUGACAAGGAGGCAGCAAUAGAUGCCAUAUUCUAUGAUGACCUGAUGCUUGGUCUAUGUGCUAUGGUGUCGUGGGUAUUCAAUAAAGAAGACACAUUAAUCAUCACAACCCUACGGCUGUCUUGGUCAAACAAUGCUAGUGGAACAGGGCAGUCUUUACCCUUCACUGCCAAGUGGUACAUGUUCAGACACCCCUUGUAUGGCCUUACUCCAGCUGCACGAGUCGUCAAAUCCAAGCGUGCAUACCUGGGCCACUUCUCUCCUGAUGGGCAGAUACUAGCUGUUGCCAUGAAUCAGAAAUAUGCAUCUGACAACAGGAUUAUGUUCUACUCUACUGCUAGUUUACAUGUUGCCAUGGUGAAUGAUUUAAAUGGGUGUGGUGCCCAGCAGAUUGGUGUGAGCAAACCUUCAGGAAGAAUGUGGUGGGUGGCAGACCUGCAGUGGACUAGUGACAGCCUGCUUCUGAUAGCUGUUACUCGUGCGGGAUCUGUCCUCAUGUUAACCAAGCUUGGAACACCACUCCUCAUCAGCACAAAGGGCAACUCCAUUGAUAUGGGCCCAAGCUUGUUCUUGCCUAUUCAUCCCAGAAUUUAUUUUAGGAAAUCAAAUGGAACAGAUCAAGAUGAUAUUUCCCUCUCCUCCACUGUUGAGUCAGCGCUACGACAGCGGUUUUCAAUAGCAGUGCACCCACACCACCCAGUCUUUCUUAUCUCUGAUGGCUAUCUGGUCACAGUCCUGCAGCUGCCUGGAAAUGUCAGCCACGCCGGCUUGAUGACAGCCCUUAUGUCAGAUGUCAAGAGACUUGUUCCAGAUAUAGAGCUGGACUUGCAGAUACCAUCACGCUCCUCGUCUCUGAGCAAGAUCAACAUAUUCCAGGCCGAGCCUGCCACACCCGCUAAUGGCGAUGAUAUCAGUGACAAUACAGCAUCAAGUGCGGGGUCCAGUAAUUUGAAAGAUUAUGGGCUGGCCAGUGGUGAUCAAGGUGUCGCUUUAGCGGGCUUCACUCCCAUGGCUGACCAGGCUGCAGACGAGCACUACGCAAAUGUGUCAGGUAUCCUGGAAGCUCAGCUCGCUUCUCUCAAAGCCCUUGGGCUUGCAACCUCAGCGGGAGAGCACUGGACCAAAGACAUAUCUAAUGCAGCGAAUACCGUGACACGUGGAAUAGCCAAGCUCUUUGGGGUCUCUAUGAAAAGCUUAGUGACGCAAAAUGGGAAUUUGAAGACUUCGCUUAAACUCAUACCUGAGUCCAUCAAAACAAUCGAACCCUUACAUGGUCUACCUGAACGAUCUGGUCAAAGACUGAAAAAAAGUUUUGCAUAUUUCCAGCUUGCGCUUGGACUCUUUCAGUGGGAUUCAUAUCGGAACGCGUUCUCUUGGGCAAUACGACUUGUGCAUCAUGUCAUCAACGAGUUGCUUGCAUUCAAAGGGUGCUCAGAUUCAGUCAAGAUCACAACUUCUAUUCAAUUCUUAGAAUUCUCAGAACGAAUUCUUAACACAGUGUAUUCUUGGAAUCUCAGUGGCCAAGGUCUGUCAGCAGACAAUUUUAGUCCGACCAAGAUGUCUGGACAAAAUGUACCUCUUGGGAAUACUCAACAGGACGUUUCAGGACAAGACGUCCACGGACAAGGCAGUAAAGUAGCUCAAGACCUGGCUGCACCAUGGCUACUUCUGUAUAACUAUACAGCGCAGUGCAGCAAGAGAUCUGCAGAAGGUCAUGAAGACAGGUCAAUGUGUGGAGACCAGGUAGAGAGAACUGACGAUCAUGCCGAUCUGAUGGAACUAAUGUGUAGUGUUCAGAGGAAGCUGCAAGACAUUGGCGCAAAAAUCCCUACAAUGGCAGAUGAUGCUACACAAAAUACUGCAGGCUCCCAUACAGAUGUGAAGAAAAUCCACGAAAGUAUCAUAAAACAGGCUCAUAUUUCUGGAGCUUUCUCCACUGAGGCUCUCGAGGAUUCAAUGUUUGCUAGAAAACGAGCUACUCAAACACCUGCACAGCAAAGCACACCAGUUGGCCUUAGCAAGCGUUCUCGGUCCCUGGACCACUUGAAAGAUUUAUCAGCGAUUGGCAAACCAUCUCUUGCGUUCAGCCCAGGCUACAUCGGGAGCCCCCGAGUUCAGAGUCUUGCGGGUAGUCCACCUGAAAAUGAUACAAGAGCACUUCUGUCUAUCUUGUAUCAGAACCUUCAACAGUACGAUGUACAAGGAGCAUUAGAGCUAGUGUACUCGUUAAUGGAGCCGGUGUUGCCACUGGAGGAGAUUGAAACGACACUGAGUGAUUUGUUUACUCCCAUCGCGCAUGGGAUGGCAACACCCGGUCAAGACCAAUCAGCGAGCCAGUUACUGAGCGUUCUUCUACAGUCGUAUCCUAUCAUCCGAGUCUCUGAUAAAUGUGGUUUGCCCGUUGUGCAAUCCUUGGCCCGGCUUAUGGCUGCGUACUUCUCUGACCUUCCCCUCUUCACUUUUCCACCCUACAGGCCUGAGCCUUUGCCCCCUUUUCACCCCGCAGAAGGGGAGCAGCGAAGUCAAAUCUCGGAUGAAUCCUUCGAGCUGAUGCAUGGAGCUGAGGUAGAACCUCUUAACAGAGAAAGGUUAUCCAUCGCAGUUAGAGAACAAGGACUGUCUGACCUCUGGAGUGCCAACAGUGCAGUUGAUCUUUUGCUAGUAACUGGAUUAAUCGGAGAGGCUGCUCUACUCUCCAGAGAUCUUGGCGAUUGGAAGAAUUCCUUUUUCCUAUCUGUAUCUAACGACAAUUUGACGUCACUGAGCCCGAAAGGGUCUCUUCCUUCCGUUCAUGACAAUCCCGAGAAGACUAUCAUUUCAAGGCUGGCACCUAUAUUUCACACCCCUCAUCUUGUCCUUCCGAGUAUUCAAAAGACUGGCGAAGAAGCUCCAGAUGAAGCGCAUUCCCCUACUCGUGACAAACUUGUCAAGGAGAACCCCACCCCUGGUACGCUGGAGCCUGAAAUAGACGCUAACUUGGUGCGCCAUGUCAGUCAUGUGUUACAAGCAGGAGUGGUAGCCGGCCUUGACCUUGUGCCCGUGUUGAUGUGGACUAUGUUGAAGGACUUGCUUGGACUAGUAGCCCAGCUUGAUUGGAUCGUCCCUGAAGGGCUGUACCUACCAUCGCCUCCCCUCUAUUGCCCCCAGCCGCCCAAUACCCAGACCGAAUUCCUGUUGCCUCGUGUGUACCAAGAGCGCCACAUCCGAUCAGAAGCCGCCAAACUUGUUCAGAAGAUCCUUACCUUAUUCCAUGCUUCUCGGUGUAUGACUCCCUGCACGCAGUGGUACGUGGAGCAGCUUGUGGCAGCAAACGAUAAGUGGUAUGGCGACGAUGGAGAGUUCGAGAUGCCACAGUCGCUUAUCUCUUAUGCUGAUUGUGAUGUUACAUUCACUGCAGCUGAACAGGAGAUGAUGAGAACAUUGAAGAAAGUAUCAACCAAGGGUAAAGAUAAGCGCUCUCCUCCACGAUCUGGGCCUAGUCAAGCAGGUAGUCAGACGGGCGAAUCAUCUUCCAUCGAUGUGAUGUUAAGCGCUUUCCAGCAGUUCUGUCUUAUAACGUGGCUGCUCCAUGCACGUGACAAGAGGAGCUAUUACGCCAGACGAUACCGACGAGAAUUGAACGAGCCGUCUGCAGACGCCAAGUAUUCAGCGGAAGAUUUGUGUUGGGAGACUCUGCAGUGGACACUCCGUCUCCUGCCAUUCAGCUCUCUUCUAGGCGCCACUUCCCAACUGUACGAUACACUUCUUACUCUGUUGUCAGAGAUGACGCCCUCUGUAACUACGGCAGAGAUCACCGCCCAACACUUCCACGACCCUGAUAUCAUUCCUACCACAGCUGGCAAGGCGAAGCUGAAGAGGCUGAUCUCAAGGUUCCGCCGAGUGACUCUCUACGAUGCCGGAUGUGACGAUGCCGAGGACCCUGAUGCACCCUUGUCAGUCUACUACAGAGAAAAGUGUAUUCAGUGCGAACACGAUUUCAUCGAAAGGAGAGAGCUUUUCGGCCCUGUGCAGGUCAAAGUGUUUGAGCGGGAAGAAUUGGCUGAUGAAUACCCGAUAUCAUCCAACAAAAUCUCUUUCAAGUUGAACAAAGAGCGCCCCCAAGUUGGUGCAUUGAUGCUCGAGUCGUCUUCAGCGUACCUGGGCUUUUUAGAUACGUUUUUCAUCAUUGUUGUGUCCAAGACUUCUCAGUACAACCAAUCAUUGACUACACCACUGUUGCUUGCUUUUGAAAAAGUAUUCACAGCGCCAGAGACAAAGUCGCUGAAGGAGAUUCAAGCGAAGGCUAGCACCCUAAAACGAAAAGCUCCGCUACCAAAGAUAGGCCUCAUCCGAAGCCAAAGCUUCGCAGAUGUCCGUUCAUCGAGACCCAGAGCUCGGCACUUAGAAAGUCCCACUGCUUCUUGUGUGGAAGGUCCCAGUGAUUAUAAGCGAAGCAGUAGCCUCAAUGACUUGGGUAAAGCUGGUAAUACCUCAGGUAUUGCUGUUCUUGGAGCUGAGAUAAUGAAACUUCUUCCCAAGCUUGUUUGGCUCAGCAGAUGGUCUUCACAAGGCUCUUCCCACACUCUGGACGUGACCACGCUUAGGACAUCAGAGGGACGCCCUGUUAUGAAAGUCCAGGUCAAACUACAACUGCUCAUCAACAGCAUCUGGCUAAUGAAGAACGUUUACAUCCCUUGGCAACGGGACGAGAAGGUAAACCCGGAGUUCUUAAAGCCCAUACCCAAGGCAAUGUUCAAUCCAUCACUUGCCAAGUUCAACACGGAAGCCGCAGCACCUUCAAAACCCGAAAAAACCCUAAUUAGGAGAUACGCCAGUGACACUGACAUUCCCCGCGUGAUGGUCCAGAGCCCCACCACAGAGGAGGAGGAUGGCAGCAAGAGACAUACAAAUUCAGCGACAAGACGCGGGGGAGCAAAGCCUUCAGCAAGUGGCAAUAGAACAGCAGAAUCGCCGUUGACAAGCAAAGUCCAUACCCAAGACAUGCAGGUGGCGGAGAAGAAAAAAGCUCAGAAGAAGAAAGCACGAAAGACACUACGUCUUGAUUUGGGUCAAGAGAAUGAGCGCCCGUUUGAGGACGUUAUUAACCUACCACAUGACCUCGUGCAAGCCGAGACUGAAGGUUUACCCAAAGGAAACGUGUUGUUACAGUCACCACCCUAUGUUCAGCGAGCAAAGCCAAAGGCGGAUAAUGUUAGCACUUUACAAAAGUCAAAGACCGAAAAGAGGCGCCGCACUAUGCGAUCUACAUCGACGCCACAUCGUUCACGUAACUUGUCAAGAUCUGAAGAAGUUGACGUCAAUUCAGCGUUCUUCCCGGAAGACUUUACAGCACUGCCUGGUAAUCUGUCUGGCUUCCAAGUUAGAGACCCUCAAGGUUCCCGCCAUCCAGACGACACAGUCAUAAGCAGCAGAGAACUGAGAAAAAAGCCUCGACAAGUAGAAAUGUCAAGACAAAGUGAUAGGCAAGACGCAGUUAUUCCUGUGCGCGUGGUAAACGAAGAUUCUGCCAACAAUCGCGUGGAAAUUCUAUUGUCUAUCGCCUUAAGGCAUAGCGAUCAGGGCGAACAUACAUCCGUGUCAUCAGGAACUAUGGGCUUCAACCGCACAGUCGCCACAGAGCCGACUGUGAUUCAAGGGCCCCCAAGUAAACAUACUGGUUGCCAAACAGACCAAGGACCAAGCCAGAGUGUUUCUACCCAAGCAGAUCACACUGACAAGGCACAUGAGGUAAAAGAAGCUUGGCCUGCAGGGCCGCUAAAUAGCCUUUAUCAAGGAAACGUCAAGCCGGAACAACCGCUGUCAGUUGAUACAGCUCAUGUUCCAAAACUGGACGAGGAAAGUGAUUCCAUGAACGCCCCGAAGUUCGAUCCUGGAAUCCCCCUACUAAGGAUGCCUGGCACCUCUAUACUUGCCGAUAAGGAUGGGCUCUUCAAAACAGUUCCUGACUUGCCAGAGAAACCUAGAAGUACUACAUUUUCUGGUACGUCUCAGCUGCAAGAUGGAAUGAGAUUGUUUCCGAUUUCUCAGGAUCAACCACCCUUGCCAUUACUGCACAUACCAGAAAACGGAGGCAAGAGGCAUAUUAAAGUUCCAGACCUUUCGAAGAUUAGGUUCUUCGAGAUGCAGAACAAUCCAGCAGGUCUCCAGCUUCUGAAAAUGCCACCGAAAUCUGAAGAAACUAGAAUUCCCGAUUUGUCGAAGAUAAAGUUUCCUGACACCCAGAAAAAGACACAAGUUGAUUCGAAAGACCUUUUCCUUUUACAAAUGCCACUAGCAAAUGAGAGUUGGAGGCCCGAUUUUUCCAAGAUUAAGUUUCCUGAAAUCCCGAAAAAAACACCAGUUGAUGCAAAAGACCUUUUCCUUCUACGAAUGCCACAAGCAAAUGAGAGCUGGAUGCCUGAUUUAUCCAAGAUCAAAUUUGCGCAGGUGGAGCCAAAACCGAGUAAAGGGGCACAUAAUCGAGACCUCCGUCUUCUUCGAAUGCCAGAGCGCGCGAUGUCAGACCUGUCCAAGAUUCACUUUCCAGAAAAACACCCAAAUAUAGAGAACUUUAAACCUGAUGGAAACGGGUGUAAUCACGAUAUGUCCCAAGCCUACAAUGCUCGACAAACUAUUUCAAGGCAAAGGCGCCGUGAGCGUCAAGAUGACCUCGACACACCUGCACCACAUGAUGUUUACCAACCUUCGAACAUUCCAGAACAGCCUAGGACAAUUACUGUAAAGCCGAUGAAGACAACAAAGCAGCGGACACGACAAGCUGGCACACCUCCGACACUAACAAAUGUGAAGCCGCAAGUCAGCAAUGAACAGAGAUCCAACGUAACAAAAGCUAAACCAAAACCCAGGCCUCCUGUGGAGAUUAACGAGACUGGCCUGAGCGCCGAGAGUGACCUUGAACUCUCUGAGAUAUCUGAGGACUUUAACAUGUCGACUGAAGAACAAAUGUACUUCCAUCCGCGAACGGUGCCCAGAGUCUCGAAUCGUGAGGUAGAGAGGUACUGCCGAGAGCUAGAAGAACGAGUCAAGGAACAGUUCAACAAAGACUUAGAGGUAAGGAUGAAAGAACAGGUGGAUCGGGAAGUCAAAGAACGUAUUCGAAGACAAAUGGAGAAAGAACUCCAAGAGAAGGAAUCACAGAGAGUUAGUGACCAAGUAAAACAAGAGGCCAAGAACGCCAAAACAACACAGACAACUCAGAACCUGGGACAGCGAGUUGGUGCGAAGCUAAGGGAACGAGCUGAAGUUCUACCGACUGAAGGACCUUUGGAACGAGGAACACAUCCAAUGUUUACUAAGGACGAAUCUGUUAAGAGAUCUCAAGUCGGUACUCAAGUGAAGGAAGAAGAGUUAUACACGCCUACCGUUCCAACAUAUGCCCAAGUCGGUAUUCAGGUAGCUGAAGAUGAGCUUCACAUACCAAAGAUCACUCGAAGAAAAGAAACAUCGGCCGCUCAGACUGAUACAGAAACCUCAAGGCGUGCACCAAUGCUUCCCCCAGAUAUAUUCCUUGGUCUGAGGUACUCCAAAGAAGAGCUAGACGACCAAGGGGUUCAAGUGGAAAUUCCUUCAGCUCCACGCUUGUCAGCUGCUGAGGAGCCAUCGCGUAUGACGAAGACAGAUCAAAGUCGGCGGUUUCUUAGCGUGGCUGAUAUUGAUGGCGAGGAAUGGGAGAACAUCAGGGCGGGUCCAGAAGCGUCCUCUGAACAGCAGCACCCUGCCGUAGAAGAUGGUCUUGACGAAUCUAAAGGACUUGAAGAAGAAUCUGUACACGGCGUAUCUAGUGACGAAAUCACGAUCAAAGGUUCAGAUGCCGAAACAGCCGUCGAUACCCUUCAGACACCCAUUGCGACGCCCAGAUCAGCUCGACCUCCAAGUGAUUCCCCCAGGCCAGCUCGACCACAACCCGAGCCACGCCACCUCAGGUCCCCACCUGAGCCUAAACCACGCCACCGCGACUCAUCCCACGACCCCGUCACCGUACAAGUCAUGGAAUCCAUUCAAUCCCACGACCCCGUCACCGUACAAGUCAUGGAAUCCAUUCAACACCCAUUGCCAAAACCACGUUUCCAUUUACCUGUCUCGCUAAAACACACGGAUGACCCGCGAGGUGUCUCCAAACAACUUAUAGCCUCCCGUCUCUCGGAGAUGACGGAGCAGCUUGACGCUAUUGAGCGCAUCACUCAAAACAUGGACAGAGAGUUCCAGAGCUCAAACGUGUUACUGCGUGCUAUUGAAAACAUUGGCGAUGUGAUGUCUCCAAGUCGCCAUCAAGUAGCUGUUCGACAUUCGCCCAGGCUGUCCGAUCGCCGAGGACGCUCUGGAUCAACUACGAAGCCUGCUAGAAUCCAGCGUGACAUUACACCUUGGAGACGCGAGACGACCGGUCUACUGCGCGCUAGUGAUCUUAAACAACAUGCAGUCGAUCAGUCCACAGUAGAUAAUAGUGAAACAGAGCGCAAAAACGAUACAAGUUUAGAAAUUCAAGAUACUACAGACCAACCUGAUGCGGCACAAAACGAGGGAAGCGAAAAUAAAGGGGGGGUUACGCGGGAAAAGGAUACCCGGACAGAAAACCGGACACCUGACCGGACAUCUGAUGAGGAGGAGAGUGAUGGUACAAUUCUCGACGAUACGUCAGAUAGUGACCACAAAUCUUCUGUGAUAUCGCGUGGCUCAGCCUCUAGUCGCAAGCUGUCGAGGCAUUCCCAAGAAUCCGGCAACGAACAUGUGUCUCAAACUAAGAAAACUGAGCAACAAGGGCCCUUUGAUGAUCCGCUGAGCAGCAUAAAAUUGACACCAAAAGCGCUCAAAGAAAUAUUUGCCGACGACAGUAAAGCCACCACAAAGGGAAAUGUGCGGUCGCCGGAAAAAAGAAAAGAGAUUCGCGAAUGGAUGGCGAGGAAGCGGACUCAACAGCACGCCCAGUGGCAAGGAAAGGUGGAGGAGCUGCGAUCCCAGGAGCACAAGCCAUUUGUCACAACAAACGAGGGUCCUUCGACUUUGAAGAAGAUAAAGCUUGCUGAAAAGGAACGAGAAACCAAACGCAGAAAUCGUGAACAAGGGCAUAUUAACGAAAGGGUGAAAGAUGCAUCAAAUAUGAUCAGUGAGAUGUUGUCAGAAGCAGUACCAAAAGCGGACACCCUGACCAAGAUACGCUACACUCCACCCAAGCCGAAAACGAAAGCAAUUACUAAGGUAGCCAACGACAGAUACGAAACAAAGACCACAAAUAAGAGAGGGAAGUCUCCUAGACAAGCUAACCGCAACGUCAAGCCGAUGCCAGGGCAUGCCCAGGCCAUAAGAGGUAUUGAGGCGCACAGAGCGGGUGUAAUAGGUGAGCACCCGUUGACGAGUAGUCCAAUCUACCCGCCAAGCGGACGAGUUGAUCCGCGAUCAGAAGACAAUGCCCCUGUUUACCCGAACGAUGAAUUCACUCGUUUCUCGCGCGGUAGAGAGACUACUCGCUCGGUGUCGCCUAACGAGUUUGUCACCGUGAAAACUUACCGACAGCACGAGAAGGAGAAACUUCGACGGUCUCACGAGUUUGAGAGACAGAUGGAUUAUGAACUGUCCAGGAUGUCUCAUCAAUCGCCAACAGUCACCUGGAACCCUGCACUUAGGUCGCUUGAGAUCGACCACAUUCUAGAUGAGAUACCAGAUGGUUCCACCAUAGACGAAGAUCGAUUCCAAGAUAUUCAGAGCUUGCUAAGCGAUGACAGCGAACUUAAAGAGCUUCUCGCUGACGUAAUUAGCUCCCAGGCCACAAGCCGUGAGCGACAGAACCGUGAAAAAGACAGUGGUCGCGACAACGUGGGAAUGAGGACUAUGACCAUAUCCAAACAGGGUACGCGAGGAGGACGCGCCACUUCCCUCAGCAGACGUGGCCAAUCAGCUGGAGCACAGAAUAGACGAGGUAAAAUAACAACAAGAGGGAUGGCUCAACCACGCGGGAUGUCACGCACACAAGCACUCGAAACCACAGUUACUAUUGCCAGAGGAACAGCUAAUAAAGCUAAUCGGCAGCGAUCGGGAUCUCAAGGGCGUGACAGGGGUGCAUCCGGGCAUGGCAGGGGUGCAUCAGCUGGUGGUAGGGGUGCAAGUUCAAAUAGAAAAGGGGUAGCAUUAGUGAGCGGAAGGGGUGCAGUCACAGGAAGUAAACCACGCCCUAAUGAAAGAAAACCUCGUGUCGCGCUGCCUGAUGACGACAAGCUUGUGUUUGAUGUGGACGAAGUCAGCCCUUGGAAUACAGGAGACAGCUUGAAGAUGUCGGAUGACAUAGCACAACUCUUGGCGGAAGCAAAGCAAGCCGUUGGCGACGACUUCUCAGAGAGUAGCGGAAGUGUCAUGAGUAACAUCGACUGGGAGGCUGUGGACAGGAUCAUGGAUAGUAUGUAGAGGAACACCGAGGGAUUUAACAGGGCAGUUAAGGUAAACCACGCCAUGUCUGAAUGAGACUACUACAGUUAAACUGCGCCAUGGUCAAGCUGGAAAUAUGAGUUAGACUUACUAUGCUCUUGAAGUUCCGUAUAGAUAGGCAUCGAGAAGUUAAUGUGCGCUAUGAAAUGUGCUGCGUAUCAAUUUGCUAGUGGUAGAUAGAAAAUCGUAUUUAUAAAUGCGCAGUACUGUAUACUUGCGUAUGGCUUUAUUUGGGUACCCAUCUGUUGUAUAAAUGCCUUAUGGACAGAACCCUGAGGAGUAGGUCACGCUAAAGCUAGACAAAAUGAUAUUUAGGUCAUGCUGUCGAUCAUCAUUACUUUACGUAAAUGUAAACUUUUUACUUAUUCAGACAUUUGGGGCUGAAUAAUCGUGACUCCUUUAGAAUGUACACGGAAAGUACAACUUUAUGGAUAUCACGUAAUAUCUAAACACAAUGAUACUUUGCUAUAUUUAUAAGGAACAAAGUUUACUAUCAAAAAAUAUUUAUUAAAAUAAUGAACGCAAUGAUUCUAA